GGUGGGGAACAAGAAAGAAAAGGGCACGGGAUAGACACACUGAAGCUAAAAUGCCAGAGUUCCUCCGAUGUCCUGACGUCAAGACGGACUCGAACAAGCACGCAAAUGAUUUAAAGGUCUUCAGAGAGACUCGAAAUUUAGUUAGUCUUAAAUCUGGAGGGAAACUGAUUUUUGAUCUUGCAAGGAUCUUAUUCUGGGUUCAAUGAAUUUCAUACUGGGCUCCAGUAAUGAGGUGGCUCCUGCCGUGGAUUCUAAUAGCGACCAGCACUCAUCAGGCUAUUUGCCAAAGUCCCUCUGCCAUGCCGCCUGCGCCGGACGUGGUGGAGCCCUAUAACCGGACGCAGUACUGCAAAUGGCCCUGCAAGUGCCCCAAGAGCGCCCCCGUCUGCCCGCUGGGCGUCAGCCUGCUGACGGACGGCUGCGACUGCUGCAAGGCCUGCGCCAAGCAGGUGGGCGACACCUGCAACGAGGCGGACACCUGCGACUACCACAGGGGACUGUACUGCGACUACAGCGCAGACAAGCCUAGGUACGAAAAAGGAGUGUGUGCAUAUUUGGUGGGUACAGGCUGUGAGCACGACGGCGUGAUCUACCGGAACGGGCAGAGCUUCCAGCCCAGCUGCAAGUACCGCUGCCUGUGUGUGAACGGGGCCAUCGGCUGCGUGCCCCUGUGCACCGAGUCCCAGCCGCCGCUGGUCUGGUGCCAGCACCCGAAGCGGGUCAAGCUGCCAGGCCGCUGCUGCGAGCAGUGGAUCUGCGACGAGCCCAGGAAGACCCGCAAGGCUGCGCCCAGGCACGCAGAAGCGCGCAUUACUGGCAAUGAGGUUUGGCAGAAGAACUGCGUGACCCAGACCACGUCUUGGAGCCCCUGCUCCAAGACCUGCGGCCGCGGGCUGUCCAUGCGCAUCUCCAACGACAACGACCAGUGCGAGAUGGUGAAGGAGUCGCGGCUCUGCAACAUCCGCCCGUGUGACGUGGACAUCACCGAGCACAUCAAGCCGGGGAAAAAGUGUCUGAACAUCUACAGGGAGGACCAGGCGCAGAACUUCACCAUCUCAGGCUGCGUCAGCAAGCGGCCGUACCGCCCCAAGUACUGCGGGGUCUGCACGGACGAGCGCUGCUGCAUCCCCUACAAGUCCAAGACCAUCGAGGUGGAGUUCCGGUGCCCCAACGGGGCGACGUUCUCCUGGCAGCUCAUGUGGAUCAACGCCUGCUUCUGCAACCUCAGCUGCAAGAACCCCAACGACAUCUUCGCCGAGCUGGAACGCUACUACGACCACCCGGAGAUCGUGAACUGAGGAGACCCGCAAAGCUCUCCUCCCCCCCCCCCCCCCCCCCCGU